AUGCGUGGCAAAUACGGUAAGCGAUACUUGGUUGUCCCCUUGCUACUCAUUCUCUUCCUUGUGUUUACCUCUCACAGCCACCACCAAAAAUUCGCGAACUUUACAGCUUCUUUAGCAACACACAAAUCCACAAUUAAAGAACCAUACGUCAAAAACAUAUUCGUUGACGAAGAAUUCAACUACACCAAGGUCGAAUAUGUGCUGAAUAACCAAAGAAGCAAUGGUAAUAUUCCUGUCAAGAAUUCUCCUUUUGAUGACCGCAAAACUAGACCUACAGUUCUCAUUGUACUGACCAUUGCACUGAACUCAGGCUACGGGGAAGGAAGAACCUUUGUAGACUUUUUCGAUACCAUCUCCACCUUGUAUCAACAUGACACACACGACAUCUCGCUUGCUUUCCUCAUUAACAGUGCAUCCGAAUUCAGUAAGGUUGAGACAAUUUUCAACACGAACUCUUCUAUCUACGAGAAUCCAGCACUUCGAAAAGUUACACUUUUGCUGGCUCCGUUCCUUGAGGAAAACUCAGGAUUUUCCAGAGAUCAAAGACACAACGACAAUGUUCAACGCUUGCGCCGUCGUUUAAUUGCCAGAGCCCGUAAUUUCGUUCUAUACACUGCUUUACACCAAGAACAGUACACCUUGUUUCUUGAUGCUGAUAUCAUCAAGUUGGACCAUUCCGAUAAAGUCAUAUCCACAUUUAUCAACUCCAAGAAAGACAUUAUUGUUCCCCGUAUCAUUCGUGAUGGCAACCAAGAUUAUGAUAAAAAUUCCUGGAGAGGACAACGUACAAAGCCAGACGAAAAUCAGCUCGAAAAGAUGGAUGAUGAUAGAUGGGAACAAUGGGAUUACGUUCCUCGUGAUGUUCCAGGAAAAAUGUACCAUUUCCAAAACUAUGUAGACAACAAGAACAAUGAAAGAGAACAGCAUCUACAUGAAUUCGAAUAUGCUGUACCCUUGGACUCCGUCGGUGGAGCAGUCUUGUUUGCCAAAUCUGUCAUCUACAAACAGGGCGUCGUAUUCCCUACCAACUACAUCAUCGGUACUUCCUGGGAUAGAUCUGAAGGUUACGAUGGUAUCGAGACAGAAGGUGUAUGCUAUAUCGCCAAACCGUUGGGAUAUCUCUGUUGGGGUUAUCCAAAUAUUUUGGCAUAUCAUUCCAGUAAUUAA